AUGCCCACAUCAUCUACCAAUGUCGAUGCUUCCCCAUCCGCUAAAUUGAACGAUGAGACCACGCCUCUCUUGACCCACGUAGAUCCCACACCCAUAGAUGAGUCCGUCGAUCCUUCAGAGCAGCAAGAUUAUCUUGAAGAUGACGAUAACGACAAGAACAAACCACUACCCAAGGCGCAGAUCUUUCUUCUGUGUUAUGCCGUUUGCGCGGCGCCUAUUUCCUUCUUCUCCAUCUUUCCUUACAUCAACUUCAUGAUUGAGAGGGUAGGAGGUGUGGAUAAAGAGGAUGUUGGGUUUUACUCGGGAUUGAUCGAAAGUCUGUUCAGUGCCACGCAGAUGUGUGUCAUGAUUCUCUGGGGAAAGGCCUCUGAUCGAUAUGGAAGAAAACCCGUGCUAGUCAUCUCAUUGUUGGGGUUGACUGUCGCCACGGUUCUCUUUGGUCUAAGCAAAACUUUGUGGCAGAUGGCGCUAUUCAGGUGCCUGGGUGGGGUUUUUGCUGGAACAAUCGUCACUGUCCGAGCUAUGCUCUCCGAGAACAGUACCAAGCAUACUCAAGCACGAGCCUUCAGUUUCUUCGCUUUCGCUAGCAAUAUGGGGAUUUUUGUUGGCCCGCUGAUUGGUGGUGCACUCGAAAGCCCAGCGGACAAGUUCACAUCGACCUUCGGCAAGACGCAAUUCUGGCAUGAUUACCCUUACUCACUACCCAACAUCGUCGUAUCAGUUAUUGCCCUUUCUGCAGCGAUUACAACUAUGCUGUUUGUCAAAGAAACUUUGCAUAUCCACGGCGAUAGGAAGAAGACCGCAAAGUCUAACAUGUCUACAUGGGAGCUUGUCAAAUAUCCUGGCGUUAUGCGAGUACUUGUAGUAUAUAACUACGUGAUGCUCAUGGCAUUCACCUUCACGGCUGUCUUUCCAGUUGCCCAGUACACACCUAUCAGCAUGGGCGGUCUUGGCUUUACAACAGAGCUUAUUGCUGCGUGUACAGCACUAAAUGGAGCUUCUCAGGCAGCCUGGCUGCUUAUUGCAUUCCCUUUACUGCACAAGCGGAUAGGUACCGGUCGUGUGCUCUGGCUUUGUGCAUCAGCCUGGCCUGUUCUCUUUGUCGUCGGUCCGGUAUACAAUGUUCUACUUCGGUACGGGCAUACUACCGUUUUCUGGGCUACCGGACCACCCGUCAUAGUUCUCGCAAGUGGGGUUUCGAUGGCAUUCACUUGUGUUCAACUCGCACUUAACGACAUUUCGCCCUCACACGAGACUCUUGGGACGCUUAACGCUGUCGCACUUGCUGCUCAAAGUGGCAUUCGGUCCGUGGCUCCGGCUCUUGCAACUAGUGUCUAUGCCAUCGGCGUCAAGUAUCGUAUAUUGGGUGGUCAACUUUUCUGGCUUUGCCAAGUCAUUUUGGCAUUUGGCUUGUUUGGACUUCUGAAGCUGCUUCCUGCGAAGGCGAGAGGGGAUGUGAAACCAAAGCAGUCGAACAGUAGUGCUUGA